AUGGCAAUCGCGCGGAGCCACGUCGUGUCACGCCCAGCCGCCGGAGCGCGGUACGGGUCAUCGCCGGACCUGCUGGCGGCGUCGCUGCAGCAGUCGUUCCGCUACGCGCGGCUGUGGACGGCCUUCCAGCAGUUCUUCGGCUUCUUCGCCUUCCUCCUCACGCUCUGGUUCGUCACCUCGCGCCCCUGGCACUCCGCCGACUCCCGCGCCGCAAAUUCCGCCGCAAACGCCGGCGCGACCUCCCGUCUCGGCGGAAACUCCGGUAGCGGAUUCACCGGCGGGGGCAGCGCCGGCGGCGGCGGCGGGAAAUUGACAGGUCCGGCGGCGUACGUAGUGGUGGUGUGCGACGAGUCGCAGUUAAAGUCCGCCAUGGUCCUCGUGCAUUCGAUCAGAUCCACCAAGACGGAGCACGAUAUCGUCGUGCUCGCGCGCAACCUCUCCGGCACGCCGCGCCACAUCUUCCGCGCGCUCGGCGCCACGGUCAACCCGCUUCCGCGCGGCGUCCCCGCGUCCGUGCUCGCGCUGCUCGACGACCCCUUCCGCCCCGUCGCCGCCUCCGCCCACGGCAACCAAUCUUCCGCGCACGCCGCCGCCGCGGGAGGGGCCUCCGCCGACCCCUUCUCUGGAUCCUUCUCCGCGAACCCCGCAGCGGAGUUCUCCCCACCCUUCCCCCCGACCACCUUCGCGGACCCCUUCUCCUUCAGCUCCGUCUACUCCCCGCCGCCGCACCCCGCCGCGCUCGCGGAGUGCCUCCCCUUCAAAUUCUCCAUGUGGCUGCUCCGCCAGUACUCCAAAGUCGUCUAUCUCGACCCGCGCAUGCUCGUUCUCGAGAAUAUCGACGACGUGCUGGCUCGGCCCGAGCCUACCGCAGCUCCGGAUAACUCGCUCCCGGACCGGUUCAACCCGAGCCUGCUGGUGCUGGAGCCGAGCGUGGCGACGUACCGCCAGCUCGUCGCGGAAUACGCGGCCAUCGCGUUCGGCGAUGCGGAUAGCGACAGUGACAGCGCGCGACGCACCCUCGCUGCAGGGGACUCCGACCAGGCGCAUCCGCAGCAGGAGAGGCAGCAGCGGCAUAACGAGCAGCAGCAACAGCAAUGGAAUUUGCAGCGGCGGCUGCGGCGGGGGCCAGUCCUCCCAGUGGGGUCGGAGGAUCUUAUCUUCUUCAACCAUUUCUUCUCGGACUGGCCACAGCUGGGCGCGCAGCACCACCUGGACUACGGGUGCAACGCGCCCUCCCGCCUGGGGUACUCGGCCACGUGGAACGAAUGGGUGCACCCCAAGCUCAAGGUCGUGCGCUUCGCUGGCGGCUUCGAGCGCUGGGACGAGCUCACUGAUAAACUCUACCCGCCCACGCGGCGCUACGACCACCUGCGGUGGGAGCUGCUGAGGGACAUGUCGGGGUUGUUGGUGCAGCACGGGGUGAUAGCGCCGGGGGACGCACUGCCCAGCCCGCUGUGCCAGACGGACUUCAUGCAGUAUGCGCGCGGGGCGCCCGUGCCGAGAAAGCUGUCGGUCGUGAUUCUCACAGGCGGAGAUCUGACGACUCUUCAAACGCUGAUAUUCCACUUCGCCGCCAUGCGCUUCGUGCACAUGAUCUACGUCAUGGCCAAGCCCAGCGAGGCCCCGGGAGGGGGGAGUGCUGCUGGUGCCGCCGGUGUGGGGGGGGAGUCGUCGGGAGGAUUCAACCUUGGCGGCAGCAGCGGGGGGAACACAGGGAGCAGCAGCAGUGGUGGCAGUGCGUGGGCGCAGGGGCACACGCAGAGCAUCCUAGCAGCAGCCAUCGAGUCGUGGAACGCCAGCAAACCCGUGGAGCUGCUCCCACCGCUCCGCCGCUACUCCAUGUCAGCGCGCAUGCGCCCCAUCGCGUCCCUCCCCACGGACUGCGUGCUCAUGUGCGACGACUCGGUGAUGGUGGGCGCGUCCGUGCUCUCGUCCGCGUUCAAGUUCUGGCAGGAGCAGCCGCAGCGCCUGGUGGGGUUCUUUCCAUCGGCGCACUACCGCGACCCGCACACGAGCGAGCUGGUGUUCGUGGCGGACCCGAGAGAGGAGUACUCCAUGGUGGGGGCGCGGCUGCUGCUGCUGCAUGCGGAUUACCUGCAGUCGUACACGUGCACGCUUCCGCAGCAAGUGCGCGACUACAUAGAGAUGUCUCCCCAGUGCGGCGACGCGGCUCUCAACUUCCUGGCGGCCGAGCUGACGGGCGCGGCGCCUCUGCUGGUGGUGGACCCCGACAAGCGCGUCACGGAGGACCUCGCCUCCUCAUUCGAGGACCACACGCGCGUCGGCUCUGCGUGCCUCAACGAUCUGGAAGCUUUCUUUGGCGACAUGCCGCUGCGCAACUCCACCCUCGCCAAGUUCCACCUCGAGCAGGACACCUUCACUAAGAUGCAGUUGCAGUGGGAGGCGCUGUUUGAUGCCACCAAGAUGUCUUCCAGCGAUGAGAAUUUCCGCUUCAUGCCCUCUCUCAGACGGGUGACCAACAUGCCAGAGGUGCACGUCUUCCCCUCCCCGCAGCACCCCAAGCAGAUCCUCUGCAUCCUCGGGAACCUCUCCACACCGCUGUGUUUCUCCGGGGGCGCGUGCAACAACUCGUUUGCCAUCGCCACCUUCGACUCCAUCCCGCCGUGCGCCCUGAUGCUGCUCGGCACGUCCCUGCUGCUGCACUCGCGCUACGGCUUUGACGACCGCUUCCACACGCCCAACAUCCUCGCCAACCUCUUCUACCCCUAUCCCGACUACUCCUUCAUGCGCCCCGCUCGCGCCUUCUUCUACCGCCGCGGCGGGCUCGACAUGCGCCUGUCGCCGUGGUCGCGGCUGCUGUUCAAGGCCAUUCUAGGCGCGCACAUCGCGCCGUUCCGCGUGCGCAACGGCACGCGCCCCGUGUGCUUUGAGCGCGCCGUGAUGACUCGGCGGUACCGGCCGGCAGCGCAGGAGAGGAGCAUCGUGCUGCAGGACGUGCAGGAGCGCGCCUGGGCCUACUGCUCCCUUGCUGCCUCCUCCAUCCCCCCCUCUUCUACCGACGCUGCUGCUGCUGCUGCCGCUGGGAACAGCACUGCAGGGGCAGGGGCGCCCCAGCAGCAUCCGAUGGCGGGGGUGCCGCCGGGGCUGCGGGGGUUUGUGAGCUCGGAUGCUCACACGAUCCGAGUGCUGGUGCUGUAUGGCGAUGCGGACAGUGGGGGGUACGGCAUGAUGGAGAACCUGCAGGCGGUGCUCAAGGGGCUCAGGGACCGCUGCCACAAGGCCACUGCUUGUGAGCUCGUGGCUGUCAGAGAGGCCAACUUCACCAACUUCUGUGCGCAGGUGCUAUUCAUGGGAGCAGCGUCCAUGCUGGUGACAGUGAGUGGAGACGGCACCAUGAACCAUGUCAUGUGGAUGCGCCCCGGCAGUGCCGUGUUGGAGCUCGUGCCUUUCGGCAUUCCUGAAUACGACCCACGCGUGCUGCGUGUGUAUGAAGAGGCUUCCAGGUGGGUGAGGGUGGAGCACGACAAGGUGUUUGAGCUCAUGGGCCCCGAGUGUCCGCGCAAGAACGCCUCGUGCCGCUUCAUGUACCGCCGCCGCGCGAUCGUCGCCAACGUGACAGCUGUCAUGGCGUGGUUCGACGCCACGUACUCGCGCAUGCGCACCGAAGGGAAGGAGGGCACGCUGGGGGGCAGAUAUGGCGGACGGAUUUGA